AUGGAUGAGAGCGUUGUGGAGCCCGCCAUUCCUGCCGUGACCUCUGGUGCCUUUGAGCUUGAUGACGACUUUGGAGGGCUGGCCUGCUCCCAAGGGCUCAUGACCAUCUGCGGGUUUGGCAGCCUGCUGAGCAAGACCUCCGCCCUGACCACCUUCCCCUCCCUGCAAAACUUCCGCACGGGCCUGCUGCGAGGGUGGCGCCGCGUCUUCACCCACCAGUGCGACAUCUUCUACGCGCGUGGCAUUGCGCGGCCGGAGACGGGUGAGGUCAGCAGCCUGUCUGUGGAGGAGCACCCCGGGUCCGAGAUUGUGGUGAGCCUGUUUGAGGUGGGGAGCGACCCCGCAUCCAUCGCCGCAUUCAUCGAGCGGGAGCACGAGUUCAGGUGGGUGGGCGUCUUGGCGGUGGUGUGCGCCCGGUGGGACGAUGCGCAGUACAGGCGCAGGCGCUGCCCGCCCGACGAGUGGCAGCGGCGGUACGGCAGGCACGGCGUGCAGCAGAUCUGGACAGACAAUGUGGUGCCCUGCCGCGUUUACCUCCGGCACUGCGUGCUGGCGGCGCAGCGGCUGGGCCCAGAGGCGCACGCCUCCUUCCUGGAUGGCACCGUUCUGUCGGAUAGAGCCACCACUAUCCGCGAGCAUCUGGCCGCCAACCCAGGCAUCAUGCAUGAGCUGCCUCCGUCCAGCCUGAUUGGGAGAUACAGCGGGUGA